AUGUUUUUCGCCGUUCUCUUCACCUUCCUUUUCGCCUGGACCUCGUCGGUUCUGGGCAUCACUGUCACGACUGCCACGGCGUCGUACACCAUCAACACCGAAAGCAGCUAUGGCAUGACCGUGGUUAUCAGUCGGUCGACCUGCGACGUUACGUCGAUGAAGUUCAUGGGCACUGAGUACCAGUACUCGGGCACCUAUAGCCAGAUCGCUUCUGGCUUGGGAUCUGCCACUGUCUCUUACACCACCAGUGGAAACUACGUGAUCAUCAAGUGCGUCGCGAACAAUGACGCGUUCGACCUCACCCACUACAUGGUGUUCGAGGAUGCUUCCAACGCCAUCUACAUGGGUACCUACACCGCAUCGGAGCCUACGGUCGGAGAGUUGCGCUACAUCUACCGUCUCACUGGCCUGACCGAUGCCUAUCCCUACGGCGAUGUUUCCGACAUCACCGGAGGCACUGCCAUCGAAGGCAGCGACGUUUACCUCGUUGACGGCGAGACUCGCAGCAAGUUCUACUCGUCCGAGCGCUUCAUCGACGACGCCGUGUACUGUGCGACUAAUAGCGGUGCUUCCGUGCACGCUUGCUUCAUCCGCCCCAACAACCAGGCGACGGAGAAGAGCUCGGGUGGACCCUUCUUCCGCGACAUCAACCUCAACGAGGUCGGCAGCUACCAGUCGUUGACGUACUACAUGAACUCGAACCACGCGCAAACCGAGGCCUACCGCCAGGGCUUCCAUGGCCCCUAUGUCUUCCAGUUCACCCGCACGGGUGUCCCCAAGGCGAGCGACUUCGACGUUUCCUUCUUCGACAACCUCGGCCUGACAGGCUACGUCGGCGCUUCGGGACGUGGCUACGUCAAGGGCACGGCGUCGGGCGUUUCGUCCAGCUUCCCCAUCGUGGUGCACUGGUACAACGCCAACUACCAAAGCUGGGUCUACGCCUCGUCCUCAGGCUCCUUCACCUCACCCGCCCUCGUUGCCGGUACCUACACGAUGAAGCUGUACCAAGACGAGUUCCUCGCUGCGACGUCCACCGUUACCGUCCAGUCCGGCGCCACGGUCACGGCCAACAUCGCCGCCACCAACACGAUCCUCACCUCGUCGCACACGACCAUCUUCAAGAUGGGCGACUACGACGGCCAGCCGACGGGCUUCCUCAACGCCGCCAACCAGCUGCGCAUGCACCCCUCGGACUCCCGCAUGUCCUCGUGGAGUCCCGGGACCAUCGCCUCGACCGCCGCCUCGUCCUUCCCCAUGGCCAUCUUCAAGUCGGUUAACAACGGUCAGGUCAUCUCCUUCUCGCUGUCGAGCGCCAUCAGCUCUACUGCCACCCUGCGCAUGGCCACUACCCUGGCUUUUGCCGGAGGUCGGCCUCAGGCUAUCGUCAACGGGUACACGUGCUCUGCGCCUGCGGCCCCGACAGCGAUUGAUAGCCGUGGUGUCACCAGGGGUGCGUACCGCGGCCUGGGAGAGGUUUAUGAUUGUAGUAUUCCGAGUGGGAACUUGAAGAGUGGUACUAACACGGUGACUAUCAAUAUCAUUUCGGGAAGCAGUGGUGAUGAGUUCUUGAGCCCCAAUGUCAUCUUCGAUGCCAUAGAGCUAUUCUACUAG